AUGUAUAAUGGAAUCGGGUUGAAAACCCCAAGGGGGUCAGGGACUAAUGGAUAUAUUCAAACAAACAUGGCACACAUCCGAAAUGUCAGGAAUACUGUAAGAGAUUACGACAAGUUUAGAAACGAAAUUAAAAUGAAUAAUAUAGUAGACAAAAAACACACCUGUGAUUAUUCAAUUAUUGAACACUCAGAAAAAAGAAAAAUAGAGCUAAAUGUUCUACUAUAUGAAGAAAAGCUACGAGAAGAGGGAAAAGAAAAUAUAGAAAAAUUAAUAGAUCAGUAUAGGAAUCAGUUAUAUGAUGAAUAUUAUGAAAAAAAAAAAAAAACGGAAAAUACAUUUUAUACGCAUUCAAAUAGAGACAAUAACACCGAUGAAAAUACUCACAUGCUUAAUGAUAAGAAAAAAAGGCAAUUAGAGAAUUUUCAAAAAGCCCUUCGAAUUAGAAGAGAUAAUAGCAUAGAUCAAAUGAUGCAACUAGGAAGGAAUGAUGUCAAAGUGAAUGAAAAAAAUGGACACAAAAUAAUUGUACAGGAAAAGCAGAUUAGUAAUAAUUUACCCAAGGAACUGAAACGAGGGAUAAAAAAAGAAAAGAAAAUGGAAAACAAAAAAAAGAAUAGAGACAAUAAAAAACAAAAACAUGAAAAGGAAAACGGGGAGCGAAUUGAUGAAAGUGAUGAUACAUACGAGGAACAAAGUGACAAAAAAAGUGAUAAUGAAAGCAAUGAGAAAAAUAGCACCUCAAGAACUGACUCGACAAACAGUGAUGAUUAUUCUGAUACAGAAUCUAGUCCAUCUGCGGACCAAUUAAGCAUUUCAGAAAAUUCUGAAUUAUCAGAAUCUAGCUCAGGUUCUAGUGAUAAUGUCCCUACACAUAAUACUGUAAAGCGUGAAAAUUUUAUUAAUAGAGAACAGCAAGAUAAGAAAAAAAAUAGAAUGCGAAGUUUUGAGGAAUUUCAUUCUUCAAGAAAAAAGACUCAUUCAAAAAGAGAAGCAAAAUAUAGAACUAUGGAUUCAUACAAUUUUAACUCUUCACAACAGAGUGAAUCUAAUUCUUCAAGUGAUACAUCUGAUUCACAUGAUUCGAAGGAAUCGCUGCAUUCAUCAGAUUCUCACGAUUCGAAGGUAUCGUUAAAUUCAUCAAAUUCCCACGAGUCUGAUAGUUCAUAUUAUUCAAGCGACGCUAACCACCGAAGCUAUUCAAAUUGUAAGAAAAAGAAACUCGUUCAUAAGAACAAAGCUCCUGAGAGAAUGAAAAAAGUUGCUUUAGGACGUAACAGUGAAGAACGCAAAUAUGCCAACGGCAGUAAGGGAAAGGUUAAGAGAAGCAUGCGUGGCGAGGGUAGAGACAUUACAAGUGAUGAAAGCGAAGAACGAGAAGAAUGUGAGAAACAAGAAAAACGUGAAAAGAGAGAAGAACGAGAAAAACAAGAAAAGCAUGAAAAGAGAGAAGAACGAGAAAAACAAGAAAAACGUGAAAAGAGAGAAGAACGAGAAAAACAAGAAAAACGUGAAAAACGUAAAAAGCUAGAAAAGCUAGAAAAACGAGAAGAGCAUGAGAAACAAGAAAAACGUGAAAAGCGAGAAAAACGAGAAGAACGAGAAAAACAAGAAAAGCAUGAAAAGAGAGAAGAACGAGAAGAACGAGAAAAACAAGAAAAACGUGAAAAGCGAGAAGAACGAGAUAAAAGAGAAGAGCGUAACAAACGCACAAACAAACAUCCCUCUGACAAUUCUCUGCAUACAAGGGACGAGCCAAGCAGCAGAUUUUAUAAACUAGAAGAACAGCACAAAGGAGAGGAACGCAAUAAUACACAACGAAAUGAUGACAAUUCUGGAAAAAUUCUUCAAGAAAAGGAAAUAAAAAACAGUAGAAAACACAGAAAAAGAAGCGAUAGUAAUGAAAGUAAUAGUAAUGAUGUACAUAGAAAGAAGAAAAGAAAUGAAAAAUCAAGUAACUAUUACUCUUCAAAACAUGAAAAAAAAAAAAAAGAAAAUUUUGAAAAUAAGAAAUUAAAUAAGGAUUACAUAGAUGAGGAAACUUUAAAAAUUAUAAACAAUGUUAAAAAAUAUUAUAGUAAAAAAGGUAACAACGAUGAUGUAGAAUCUUAA